AUGAUAUUUUACCUUUUGCAAAGUGCUGCCAGUGUUGUCAAAGCCAUAAGCACCUAUUUAGACGCCUUAAUAGGAAAAGUGAUCAGCAACUAUUUGAGGGAGCAUCUGCCAAUCGACGUCAGUUUUUUGUCGCCCUAUCCUGAUUUCUUCGCUUUUGGCGUCACUAUGUUAUUCACUAUUGCCCUAGCCUUUGGAGCGAAGGAAUCAUCGCGCUUCAAUAACUUAUUCACCCUGGUCAACUUAGCUGUGGUUGGCUUUUUCGUGGCGGCUGGUGCAGUCAAAGCCGAUGCAUCAAAUUGGUCGCUGCCUCCAACGGCAGGUCACGGAGAUGGUGGAUUUGCUCCUUAUGGCAUAGUAGGCAUCAUCGCAGGUGCUUCUAAGUGCUUCUAUGGUUUCAUUGGCUUCGAUUGUGUUUGCCUUGCAGGAGAGGAGGCCAAAAAUCCAAAGAAAUCUUUACCCAUUGCUGUAAUAGGAUCAUUGUUCAUAACAUUCUUGUCGUAUUUUUCGAUAUCAACUGUACUGACUAUGUUGCUUCCAUAUUAUGAGCAGGACGUCGAUGCACCACUUACCCACGCUUUUGAAUUGCUCGGAUGGACAACUCCUCAAUAUAUUGUUAGUAUAGGAGCAAUUUUUGGACUUUGUGCGAGUUUAAUGGGCUCAAUGUUUCCUUUGCCACGUAUUAUUUAUGCUAUGGCUUCAGACGGAUUGUUAUUCGAAUUUAUGGGAAGAGUGCAUCCUCGGUUCAAGACACCAUUCCUCGGGACUUUGUUGGCUGGUUUUCUUACAGGCCUAAUGGCAUUAUUUUUCGAUUUGGAAGAAUUAGUUGAUAUGAUGUCUAUUGGAACCUUACUAGCGUAUUCAAUGGUCGCAGCUUGUGUUAUGUUACUUAGGUAUGAAAUUGAUAGAACCGAAGAUGAAUCUAAGCUGCUAGAAGUACCAUCUCAAGGCGUAUUUCAUACAUUCUUCAAUGUUGGGCGCAGAACAAAAGCUCCAACUGUUAGAACAUCUGCAAUUGUAACAUGGUCCGCAACUUCUUACACAAUCUUGUGCCUGUCUGGAUGCCUAAUUGCAACUAAAAUGGACGGAUUUUCCGACGGCGAGGUUUUGCCUGUGGUCCUUGUUGGGGUCAUAGCGGCAGUCGCCCUUAUGUGUCUGUUGAUCAUUGCUAGACAACCCCCAUCUUCGGCCAAACUUUCAUUUACAGUACCAUUUGUACCGUGGUUGCCGGCACUCAGCAUUUUGAUCAAUGUCUUUUUAAUGAUGAGCUUGUCUGUCACCACUUGGGUGCGGUUUAUGAUUUGGAUUGUUGUAGGCUUACUCAUUUACUUUGGCUACGGACUCUGGCAUAGUCACGAACGUGAAAGUAUUCGUAAAAAGUUACUGGCCAAGAAACCUCCACCUCCAGCAACAGAAAAAAGUUCAGAAGAUCAUGAAAAUGGAUAUAUAAAUGGUGGUUUUGAAGCACAACUGUAAUGUUAAUAUUAUCAGAAUAAUUAUACUUGAAUAUUAAUCGUGAAGAUAAAAAGUGAUGAGGACAAUCUUGAGAAGGAAAUAUUAGUUCACAAUAAUUUGUUCAUUGCUAUUUUAUUGUGAAAACAUCACUCACUGCUUUAUUUUUGACGAAGUUAUGGUAAGAUUUUGUAUAUAUUUUAAGAA